AUGACGUAUGAAUAUAACCUGGACGAAAUAAAAAUUCGAAAAGACGAUCAAUCUGAAAAUUCUAAAGAUGACAUCAUAGGCGCCAGGAGUAACAUGAUUACAAAGACUCGCGAGAUAAACCAUAGAUGUACGUUCAGCGACCUUGAAAAGAUGGAUCUGAGUACAAGCAGCACUAAGUCAAGAUAUCUCCUGUCUAUUCAAACUGAACUAUCAACAUUUCCGAAGCUGACAUUUUAUAAUUUGUCAAACACCGGACAAAGUGAAAUCGCUAAGGAAUUUCAAACUUGGUGGAGAUUCUUUCCAAAAUUGAAAUUAUUAGAUCUCUCUUACAAUUUCAUAUCAACCCUAGAUUUGGAUCCGUCAGCCGUCACGUGGAGUUCUUUCAAACUAAAACUAGAUUUAAGAUACAAUAACAUAACCGAACUAACACAAAGCGAUUUAGAACUCUUGGGUAGCUUACCGAACGUAAACGUCGAUAUUCGAAACAAUCCAAUACAUUGUGAAUGUUCUGAUCACAUGAUUGAAGUGUUGGAAAUAAUACAUGAUGAUACGAAAUGGGAAGCAUUGGGCCUGCAUCGAUAUGAUUAUCUUAAGAAUAUGACCUGCAACUUACCGGACAUAUUGAAAGGGAGAAAACUUUCAAAGAUAACUAAGUCUGAUCUAUCAUGUCCAUUGUUCAUUGCAACUUCACCAGCUCCUAUAAUAGUUCUAAGCGUCUGCAUAGUGAUUCUUAUUGUUAUCAUUAUUCUUUUGACAAAAUUCAGAAAAGAAAUAUUUAUUUUGACGUAUACAAGAUUUCAUAUUAUACUUCCUUGUCAACCAGCAGAAGUUUCGGAGAACAAGACUUAUGAUGCAUUUGUGUCGUACAGUAGUCAAGACGAAGAAUGGGUUUCUAAGACGUUUAAAGAAUUAGAAACAUCAUCUCAAUCCGACGGUUACCACCAGUUCCGGUUUUGCCUUCACCAUAGAGACUUCAUUCCUGGGAAGACAAUUUUUGACAAUGUUAUAGAUAGCGUUGAAUCAAGUAGACAUACAGUCAUUAUCUUAUCAAAACAUUUUUUACAGAGCCACUAUUGCAUGUAUGAAUUUCAUGAAGCUUUUCAGCAAAGUAUUAUAGAACGAAAACGUCACAUGGUGGUCGUUUUAAUGGAAAAUAUUCCUGAGGGAGAACUUCCAACUGAUUUAAAAAGAUGUCUCAAAACAUUUACAUAUAUUAGAAGAGACGAUUCAAUUUUCAAAGAUCGAUUGAUAUUUGCUAUGUCACAUAAAGCGAGGAAAGAAGCGAAAUCCAUUAAUAAAAAUACAGUUACCGACGGCCUUGACAACCCCGUAUUUUCCUCAUCAGAGAAAGAUGUAACGCUUCGAUUACAGACAUCCAGACCUCGGCAUGACGACUCGGUGAUAACAUUGAGUCAGAUCGUACCUGAUCUCGUCGUGGGAUAUAAUGAAUCUAAAAGAAAUGGAUAUACAAUAGCAUAAUUCAUUUUCAUCUUUCAAAACGAAAGAUGGCUAAUCUGAUGCGUUUGUCAAUUUUCUUGGUGUGAAACAGAGCAAACCAAUUUAUCCGCUCUUAUUCUUAUUUUUCUUUAACGAUAUAAUCAGUGAUAUACAAGUUGAUAAUAAUGGUGAUCCCAGUCAACAUAUUUGAGUUCAAUGGUUAUCUCAUAUAUUUGAUAUUAUUUGCUGACGAUACAGUUCUGAUAGCAAAGUCUCCCGAUGCAUUGCAAAUAUUGUUGGAUACAUUGGCAAUUACGGACAUGACGAAAAGUGUUGUCUUUCGAAAUAGUUGGAAGCCUGAAAAUGAUAGAUUUUAUUUCGAAGAUCAAGAACUUGAAAUCGUAUAUAUAUAUAUUUUGGUAUGUUUUUUUUUUCAUUUCAAUUUAAUUAAAUGAAAAGAGUAUUCAUUGAACCUAGUCAAAAGUGUUUUCUAUUCAACAGUAUGAUUGGAUCUGUUCUGAACUAUUCGUCCGAGAGAUGGGGAUUUUAU